AGUCAACCAUCCGUCAGCCGUUGCAUACGCCACGUGACUAAUGCAAUUAAUAAUGUUUUACUGCGACAAUGGGUUAGAUUUCCCAUGACGGACAUUGAACGUCAUCAUGCUAGAGAAAAAUUCAGAUUAGCUCCACAAACAUUUGUUGGCGCUAUUGGGGCUAUAGAUUGUACAUACAUAAAUAUAAAAGGUCCGAUACAACAUGAAGAAGCUUAUGUUAAUCACUGGGGUGAUCAUACAAUCAAUACACAAGUCAUCUGUGAUCCUGAUUUGAAAAUUUUAAAUGUAAAUGCACGAUAUCCUGGCGCACGACAUGAUGCGUACAUAUGGUCAAAUUCACCAGUACGCCGUAUAAUGGAGCGAAAAUUCAAUAAUGGAGAACGUAAUACUUGGUUGAUUGGUGAUGAUGGAUAUAGUCUCGAACCGUGGUUAAUGACUCCCUUGAAACAUGAACAACCAAACACAUCAAGAUUUCAGUAUAAUGAGGAGUUAUGUAGCGCCAGAUGUUGUGUUGAAAGAUUAUUUGGUACAUGGAAAGCUAUAUUUCGAUGUUUGUCAGCGCAAAGACGUUUGAUGUAUGAACCAGACAUGGCCGGCAAAAUAGUAAAUGCAUGUGCUGUUUUGCACAAUAUUAGGAUUGCGUAUCGGUUGCUAGAUGUGGAAGUUGAUGUUAAUGAAGUAGAAGCAUAUCGACACGUAAAUAGGCCUAAUAUGGCCUAA